UAGCACAUAAACGUUGUUUGCCAACUGCCAACAGAGAAAGAAGAAGCGGAAGAAGGCAUCCUUCAGCUCUCUACCAAGCAGUGGAUCGUUAGCAGCAGAAUGGCAAACGUGACGCUUCAGUCUUUCAACGUGUUUCUGACGGAGAGGUUAUCCUCUGCUGCGCUGGACAUCUACGGGUUCGUGGAGAAGACUCUCACGGACUACCAGGAGGAAGUGAACCGGACCAAACAGGAGAACCAGAGGCUGCAGCGGCUGCUGGACCUGAUCUACAAGCCGGAGAUAAGACUGCACAGGGCGGAUUCAAGGCAGAUCGAUUUGUCCACACUGGAGGUUUGUGUUCAGGACAAGCAGAUACAGACGGAAUGUAUUCCCAAGGAGGAGCCGGAUGACACAGGCGCUCUGACUCCAGUAGUCACAGUUGGAGAGAAUGAGGAAAAUCAGAUGCCAGAGAGGCUAACUCAGGUUGAGACAGGUGGAGAGCCCGGUGAAUAUGAAGCGCCACACAACCCGACUCAAGUCAUCACAGAUGGAGAGCACACAGAACACGAGGAACGGUCACAACACGAGCAGCCACCAUCUUCAGGAUAUACCAAGAAGAAGAAAAAGUUUUAUUGUAAUAUCUGCUUUAAGUCUUUUAUGAAAAGGGCAAAAGUAAAUUUGCACCUUGCAGUUCAUGCAGCAAACGGAUUACUGAAGUCCACCAGUGCAGGGCUCGUCUGCACUGAUUGUGGCAGGAAAUUUAAAAGCAAAAGUCAAAUGAUCUGUCACAUGAGAUCACACACCGGCGAGAGAUUGUUUGGCUGUUCCAUUUGUGGCAAAAGAUAUAAAUACAAAAGUAACAUGAAGGUGCACAUGCAGACUCACACCGAGGAAAGGCCGUUCAGCUGCGACAUCUGUGGGAAAUGCUUCAACCGAUCUUUCACCCUGAAUAGUCAUGUGAAGCGCAAUCACAGGGAGUACAAGGCAUGUGCAAGUGCAAACAGUGCAGCCAAUGCUUCGCUCUGGUCGUCGAGUUGAGACAACACAUGAGGGAAACCCACAGCAUCACCUCUGCGUGGAGCACUGCUAGAUUGGCAGCGCUGAGGCCAAAGCGUUAAAACCAUCCUUUCUUUUAUUGUGGUAUAAAAAUUUUUUUUUAGGCAUUUUGCCUUCAUUAAUAAGACUAAGCGUAAAAUGUAGAGAGAGAGCAGGGAAGACAAGCUGAAGGAGGGCUCAAGCCUCUGUAUGGUGCAGAAUUGAUUGUUUUUAGGAUUGUUUAAAUAUUUGAAGUUGACAUGCUUCCACAAGUUAGCUUAAGUUCAUAGUUAACACCUGUUAAAAAGUGUGUAAAGCUGCAAAUGCAAAUAAAAAGCAUUCCAAGGGCUUUACCUGUUUACCUGGGCUUUUUACAGUUUUUCAAGACUUUUACUGAGUUGACUUGUCCUUCCUUAAAUUCUGACAGUUAUCAAUGUGCCACUCUGUUCUUAUUGGCUAGAAAACGGCAACACCAAUAAUAAGUAAUUACUGGUGUUUUUGUAUUUUGUAAAAUUUGUAUUUUUAUAUUUUAUAAAAAUUUGUGUAUUUCUGUGUUGCAAGAUUUCAAAAAAGAGUUAUGUGAUAUAUUCAGAUUUGCCAAUAAUAUGCCAAUGUGCCAGUUGUGCUUUAAAGUGACCUACAGGGCUAAGUGUACUGAUUUGAGCUUGAACUGCACUAACGUGUUUACAAAUAAAGUUUGAUAUAUUGAA